UACCCUCCCUUCCCUCAACCCCAUAUGCAUUCAAAACCUUUUGAAUGAAAAGAGCCAUUGCACAUUUAUAACAACAUCAAUUCUUCCAUUACUCCAUGCAUAUAAAGGAUUAGUCAAAUCCCGAAAACGCAAGGGGGAAUCGAUGGAUAUCCGCAGGGAAGAAGAAUCAAGAAAUGGUAUUCGUGAAUCGUACAGGGAACCAGAUGAAGGGAUCCAAGUUCCUCUCCUGGAGAACCAACCACCUCCAGCCGGGGCCAAACCACCAAAAACUCGGGCGCGGAAGGUCGUCCGGAAGGCAUUCAAAGGAACAGCCCAUCUCUCCAAUCUCCUCCCCACGGGCUCCGUUCUUGCUUUCCAGGUUCUCUCCCCCGUCUUCACCCAUGAAGGCAAAUGCAAAUCCAUCGUCAGCCGAAGCACCACCCUCGGUCUCCUCGGAUUCUGCGCUGCCUCGUGCUUUUUCUUGUGUUUUACGGACAGCUUCAGAGACGAGCGGGGCAAGGUCCGGUACGGCCUGGCCACCUUCCGGGGCCUCUGGGUCAUUGACGGCUCAUCCUGUGCUCUUCCACCGCAGGAAGCCGAGAAAUUUCGGCUCCGGUUCGUGGAUUUUUUCCAUGCCUUAUUGUCCAUUGUGGUUUUCGCGGCUGUGGCGAUGCUGGAUAAGAAUGUGAUGCACUGCUUCUAUCCCUCCCCGUCAGACGAGACCCUGGAAAUUCUGACGACCUUGCCGGUGGCAGUGGGGGUGAUCUGCAGCCUGUUCUUCCUUUUGUUCCCGACCAAGCGCCAUGGAGUUGGAUUCCCUCUGUCACCCCGUUAGUUAAUCGAUAUGAUCCUGAACUGAAAUUCUUGGCAUAUAAAUUUCAAUGUCCGUUCUUCUUUUGGCCCAUGAGAACAUAAAUUGAUCUGAAAUUGUUGUCGGAGAAUGUUAAAUGUUAGA